GGAUUUGAGCUUUGAGCAACUAUGGGAGGAAGAAGGAGGUGAACGCAUGUACGAUACAUCUUCGAUGAGAGUGAGAGAGGACUAGAGACUGGAGUGAAACAACCGAGGAGAAGAGGGGGAGAGAGAGAGGGGACGGAGAAGCAGCGAUUUAGCGUCGUGCACCCCUUCUGAACUUUGAUCCGCUCGAGGGUCGCGACGUCGCGACGUCGCGCCGCCGACCGCGACAACAAUCGGUCUUAGCCCGACGUCUCACGUCGCCGGUAUCCUCUCGUCUGCGAGCUCCUCGCUCGCUCCUCGUCCACCUCCGACCAUCCGGCCCUUUUCUUUCCCCUUUCUGCGAGCGAGCGGCGCGAGGAGAAGGAGGAGGACCCCUUCCGCCGUCGCGCGACGGGCGCAUUGACUCUCUCGUUCAUCUUCGACUCGUCAUACACACGCACGCACGAGCCCGGAGCCGUGCGGGGAUCUUUGGCUCCACCUCCACUACCACGGCGGUUGCCCCACCAUUCUUCGCUUCUCCCCCCGUCGGCCCUACUUCGGCGCCCUUCUCCGUUACGGCGCUGCCGCCGAUCGCCGAGGGAGUAUUCCUCGCGGCGCGACGGCGGGCGAUCAGUGCGUGACUCGUCGUUGUUGCGACGAUUGCCGAGGACGAGAGCGUCGUAGUUUGUUCCUCGUCAGUGCUCCCUCGUUGGCUCUGGGAGGUAUGACCGCGACGGGUUGGUUGUGACUCGUAUGAGAGAAAAAGGAAACGGGAAGAGAUUCACGACGGCCCGCGGCGAGAGGAAGAGAAAGAAAGAGGAUCCUUGGCUUCGUCAUCGCUACCUAGAUCCCCGGACGCGAAGAUCGUCGCCCUUUCCCCCUCCGCCCGGCGAACUCCUCAGCGCGUCUGUCGUCCCACGGAUAUACUGGAAUAAAGUGUGUCAACGGCAAGUGUGUAAAAAGUGAAAACCUGCGCGUGCGAUAAUAAAAUCUCGUUCGUACGUAUACAUGCCGGCCAAAUAAAUCGUAUACGCGCGCUCGCGUCCGGAGUGCACAGUGGUGAACGAGUUGAAUUGAGCCGCGGUUUAUUCGCCCGGCCCGGCGCUCGUUUGUUCCGUUCGUUCGUUCGUUCGGUCGGUCGUCCGUCGAUUCGCGCGGCGGUGACGACGGCGACGGCGACGGCUCGCAUACAUCGAGAACGUAUCCCGGCACGCGGUUCGUGGCUAUGCAGCAGCCCCGCGGUGCCGCGGCGAGACGCAGGUAACGCCGACCGGCCGACGGGAAGACGCGACGCGGAACGACGCGAGCAGAACGCGCGCGGAUCGCCGCUCACAUCCGCGCCUCCGCCCGCCGCCGCCUUCCGGGCAAGCGCCGGCGGCGUGUAAACACCGAGGGAUACGCGACGCGUCAACAUGUGGACCACGAUGCUCGUGUGGACGGCCGCCGUCGUUCUCCUGCCGACGCCUCGAGCGGUGAACGCCUCGGGGGUGUUCGAGCUGAGGCUAAAGUCCUUCGUGAACGAGUUCGGCAAGGACAGCCUGGGCAAGUGCUGUUCCGGCAGCGCGUCCAAGACAGGCGAGUGCUCGGGGGUCUGUAAGACGAGGUUUCGGGUUUGCCUGAAGCAAUACCAGGUGAAGAUCGACACGACGUCGCCGUGCACGUAUGGCGACGUCGUGACACCCGUUCUCGGCGAGAACAGGAUUAAUCUCAGCGCGAACGUCGCUUUGCCGAGCUUCACCAACCCCAUCAGGUUCCCGUUCGAGUUCACAUGGCCGGGUACAUUCUCGCUGAUAGUGGAAGCUUAUCACGAUACGGACAACAGCACACAUCAAUCGGCCGAGAAAGUACUGAUCACGCGGUUGACUACCCAGAAGUGGCUGGACGUCGGGCCAGACUGGACCGUGGACGAGUACAAGAGCGCCCAUUCGCAAAUGAAGUAUGAAUAUAGGGUGACUUGCGCGCCGCACUAUUACGGCAAGGGUUGCGAGGACCUAUGCCGGCCGAGGGAUGACAACUUCGGCCACUAUAGCUGCAGUCCGAGCGGCGAGCGCGUCUGCCUCACUGGCUGGAAAGGCGACUAUUGCAACACCCCCCGCUGCCUGCCCGGAUGCGACGAGCAGCACGGACACUGCAAUCGACCCAACGAAUGCAUAUGUCACAAUGGCUGGAAGGGCUCACUGUGCAAUCAGUGCGUUCGAUACCCGGGCUGCCUCCACGGUACCUGCCAAAAGCCCUGGGAGUGCGCUUGCGACGAAGGCUGGGGCGGACUGUUCUGCAACCAAGAUCUCAACUAUUGCACGAAUCAUAAGCCGUGCAUGAACGGCGGCACCUGCUUCAACACCGGCCAGGGCUCAUACACCUGCUCGUGCCCGUCAGGCUUCACCGGCACGGAGUGCCAGACGCCGCUCUUCGACUGUCAUUCGAAGCCCUGCCUGAACGGCGGUACCUGCACGAUGACGGAGUCGCCGUCUGUGAGCUACGUGAACGGCAAUGGCACCGAGUUAUCGUCGUCCUCUAGACAGCAACAUCGCCGUGGCUAUCGUUGCACCUGUCCACCCGGUUGGCGCGGUCGACACUGCGAGAUCACGACGCGAUCUUGCCGGGACUCGCCUUGCCGACACGGUGCCACCUGCGAGGACGACUCUAUGCGCGGCUACGUGUGCCGCUGCCCGCCCGGCUACACCGGUACCGACUGCGAAUCGCAGGUCGACGAAUGCUCGCCGAAUCCCUGCGCGAACAACGGCACCUGCACGAACCAUAUCAACGGUUACCGAUGCACGUGCCUCGCCGGCUUCACCGGCGAACGCUGCGAGAUCAACGUGGAUGACUGUCAGGGCGAUCCGUGCCUGAACGGCGGCACCUGCAAGGACCAGGUGAACAGCUUCCGCUGCCAGUGUAUACCGGGUUACGUCGGCAGGCUCUGCCAGGACAAGGUAGACUACUGCCUGGCGAAACCGUGCGCGAACGGAGGCAGAUGCACUUCUGGGACCAACGACUAUCAUUGCACGUGCAAACCCGGUUUCACCGGCAAGGACUGCAGCGUCGAUGUGGACGAAUGCCGGAGCGCACCGUGUCAGAAUGGCGGUAUAUGCCGGAACCGCGUCAAUGGCUUCUUGUGCGAAUGUCCGAACGAUUGGCAUGGCGACACUUGCAGCGACAAAGCCGGCGUUGCAGUGGUACCGUCGAUCGCAUCACCGUCCGCGCCCGCAAACGUGCCGCUGGCGGAACCGUCUUCGGGCAACAACCAUUGGCCCGGAAAUUUAUCGAAGCACGUCGCUUCCAGGAAGACCAGCUUGACUACGGAACACCUCGUAAUGAUCGCGACUCUUUCCACCGCAGUACCGGCCUUUGCGCUGUUCGCCGCAGUCGCGGUGAUGUGCAUGAAGAGACGACAGAAGCGGGAGCAAGCAAAGGCAGACGAGGAAGCGAGGCUACAGAACGAGAGGAACGCGGUGCACAGCAGCAUGAGCAAACGCAGCGCCAGUACCAUCGGCGUCGGAAGCAAUGGCAUUGGCAGCGUCGGCGUUCUCCUCGGCAGCCCCGGUAGCGGCCUGAUCGGCACUGGCGGCGGUAGCGUUUGCGCCUUAGGCACCGGCGACGCGCACAUGAUUAAGAACACCUGGACGGCAAGUAAAAGUGUCAACAAUGUGGCGUCGGCGGCGUCGCGACAGGACGACCUAGACUCGUCGUUCCAGACUGAUGUGACGUUGGAUAGUUCGUGUUCGGGUUAUAAGCCAGAGCCAGUGCUGCAAGACGGUCGGACAACAAGGACGACGAAACAGCUCAACACGGAGGCGGCAGCCCACCGGGCGUCCGCGCACCUCUUCCAGAAGGAGAAGGACUGUCUCGGCCUAGGCUUCGGUAUCGGGGUCCUGGAGAGUGCCAAAAGGUCGUCCGUAUUUGCCCCUGGCAAUGCGGCGGACAGUUGUUGCGCCGCGGAAGCCGCGCUGAUGAAGAGGCCGACGACGAUAUCGGAAGCCAACGGCGCCGGUGUCGUCAGUAGUGGUAGUAGUGGUCCACCGGGAAGCGGUGGCGGUGCCACGGACAACAGCAAUUGCGGUGUGUACGUGAUAGACGAUCAUUACGUCAGGCACGACGCCACGCUGGCGGCGACGCUCGCGACGGAAGUGUAGUAGACUUCGGGAUGUUGGAUUUCCCCUACUUAGAGUGAUAGAGAGAAAGAGAGAGAGAGAGAGAGAGAGAGAGAGUGCGUGAGAGAAAAAGAGAAAUAGAGCCAGUGCGUGUGCGUGUGCGUGUGCGAAUCGUGGAUCUUGUUUUCUCCGUGCGCGUAAAUUGACAGACCACCCCGUUCGAUUUCCUUCGAUUUUUCUCGAGCGGCGCCACCGCGAUAUAUACCCUCCGGGACGGCGACGCCUUCGUCUCGGAUGCCUCCGGGUGUUUAUUUCUUUUUUUUUAUACAUAUAUAUAAAUUUUUAUUACAUCUUUUUGCGAAGUACUUGUGCAUGAGCGAUUGGCGCCGCUAGUCGCCGGUGGGACUCCGCGAUUGAAUCAUCGUUUCGGGGAGAAAUACGCGUUGCAUCGGCCAGUUUUACCAGCCACGGGUGUAUGUCGUCUCUAUUAUACUGGAACGAGAGCGAUGACGGACUGACCGAAGACGUUCGUUCGGGGCUGAUCGAGAGAGGCGACAGAGACAAGGAGAAGAAUUAACGCGAUGCUGUGGGGGUCGGCCGGUUUCCUCGGGCAGCCGCCGACCCAUCCUUAGGUAUUAAUAUUAUUAUAUCGUGCUCGAAAGUGAAACUCUGUACAGAACUAAUUUAUUAUUAUUGUUAUUUACUUAUUGUAUUACUGAUUGCUAUUAAUUAUUAUUAUUAUUAAUAUUAUUACAUCGUGUCGCAUUAUCAUUGUUCUCGGUAUUAGUUCUUUUUCGAAUUUGCGUGAUCGAGCUGCCGACCGGGGCAAGAAUACGACAGCGAAAGAUCUUUUGUGUAUAUUAUUCGUGUGCGUGUGAAAAUGGAUGAGCAUGUGUGCAGAAGAGCAUGUGUAUGUGUGAUUGCGAGCGAGAAAGUUUAACGACGGAUUAGCAUCUUCGGAACGACGUCGUCUUUUCGUAUUCGGAAUUAAUGUUUCGUGUAACAUCGCUUCUUUUUUCCUUUUUUUUUUUACAAAGCAUUCCUUUUCUCAGAAAAAAAAUACCGACGCAUGAACUUCCGCUUGUCACAGUGGCAAUGACGUCCAGCGAUGAAAAGCAUAAAAAUUAUUAUUUAUAAUGACACUUCAAAAGAAACGUUCCCUCGACCUUUUGGGAUUCUUCAUUUCAGGGAUAACCCCGAUUGGUCGAGGAAUGAUCCUCUAAACUUCCGUUUGCACGCCAAUUUUCAACCGGCUCAAAGGAACGUUUGGAAGGAAGAAUGGAAAGCGACGCAUGACUCUUAACAAAGUUCCGUCCUCUUAAUCCGAAAACGUCGUCAUUCCAUCGCGAUAAUUCGAAUAAACUUAAUAUGUGAAAAUUGAACGAUGCGAUAGUUAGGCAGAUAGUUUUCGUAGAAAAAGAUAAAUAAAUAUCGAGUAAUUGCAAGAAGAGAAAGCCUGUUUAUGCGAAGCCUAUAAAUUCUUUGACAUAUUUUCAUUGAAUUCAACCCAACUUGUAUCUAGGGGAAUAUGAUAGUGAGAAAUUUAUUCAUUAAUUUGAAAAAUUCCAAAGAAAUCGCGUAGCGUUGGCUUUACUUCGUUGAAAAAAAAUCAUCAAUUUUCUACGAAUCCUAUGUUCGCUACACAGACGACAUGUACCGUUCGACGAGACAUUGUUUGCGCUACGUACGACUGAAAAGACGAACGGAUGUGUAUAAAUUAUGCAAAUAUCUAUAUAUAUAUAUAUAUAGAGAUAUAUAUAUAUAAAUAAAUAAAAAUAAAUAUAUAUAAAUGAACAAUGAAGUGAGAGAUAAUAGAUAUCCGGCGUCGUCGACAGCGUUUCGACGACGAUGCGAUUUGUUCCGAAGUGAUUUGGCAUCGAAAUCGGCUAAAGAGGCGAAUCGAAAGAGAAAUCAAGCGAUCAUCGUCGCGCGAGAGAACGUCGGAUUGAAUGCUCAUCGAUUACAUCUAAUCGUAGCGCAAACUUCUCUUCCCGAACGCGAAUAUCUCGCAGAGAUGUCUAAAAGAUAAUUCGGACAUUCGAAAGUUCAGCACUUCUUUAAAAGAGAACAUUCUAAUUUUUCAGAUGUCUUUUUCUUAGAUAUCUUGUGGAUUCUCGCAUUGUCUCUUUCUAGGAUUCAUACUUCCGGAAAGCGAUGAGGAACCGGCGUUUGAACUGCGAUUAAAAUUAAGAUUUCGGCGGAUUCGGUCGUCUCUUCCGCGUUUAUUCGCGCCAGACGGACGAAUCCGUGAAAUAAUCAAAUCGUGUUGUCCGCGUUCACUCGUGUGAAAAAAAAAAAAAAAAUCUAAAGAGAUCAGGAAACAAGAAACAAUUCGGUUUUUACAGAACUUACAUCAUUUUCACCGCCAUUAGCCGCGCUUAUUUCGAUGGAACGCUCGCUGACUUCGCCCAUGAAUGCGUGAUAGAUAAGUGACGAUUAUUGUAUGUUGAUGCUGCACGGUCGAUUAUGACAAUUAUUUAUUUAUGACGGCUGAUGACGAUUUUACACGGCGUAAAAAAAAAUAAAUAAAUGGCGAUUAGUACGCCGAUGACAGUGAUGACGAUAUUAUCGCGUUAAAAACGCGCGUGUAAUGUACGAAGAGAAAAAAAGUGAGUGAGAGAGUGGAUGAGUGAAAGAGAGGGAGAGAAUUUUAGCGAACAAAGAUUCGAUGAUGUUCCUGUUACGAAAUAAUGAUAAUUAAAUAAACGAAAUGCAAGUACCGACUAAGUCAGGUUUAUUUUCGGGUCUCGUUCGCGCGCGGUGGCGCAAACAGGGUGUUUCUUUUGCGUUGUGAUGAUGAUUAUGUGACCGUCAUGUGUAUACCGUAAUCGGUAACGCUUUAUUUUAGAUAACAGCGACCAUAUACACGAUGACAUCUGCGGCUCGAUCAAAGAAUCGCGAUGAAUCCAAUUCCCAUCUGGCUUCCAUCUUCCAAUCCUUUCCUUCACCCCCGUUGAGCCCCCGACGGCCGCCGUCGCGCGCGUACAGACUCCAAAUUAACGAGAAACACGUGCGUGUAAAUGCGAGAUUAUAUUGUACGAAUUACGAUGUGUAAUAAAGCUGUUGUCAUUUUUUGUACUUACACUCCUUCAGACGAUUUGAUACGUUUCGCUAUCGUUGAACAGUCUCCAUCAUUCCCAUCCGUUUAUUCCUUUGUCCCGCUCCCAAUUAGAUUCUAUCAACGACGUUUAAAACUUUUAGACUUUCGAAUUAGAAUUAAUUUUUUUUUGUACUAGCGAUGCGUAUUCGCGAAAAAAAGGAAAAUAGUGUUUUCCGCUGAUAGUGACCUUUCGUUCGCGACGAGACAUUGACGAAGAUUGUAAAGACUAUCCCAGGCGUACCAUACCCCGUUUUUGUAUAAAACAGAAAGAAGAUAAUAUGCACACAGCGUAUACAUACACAGACAUACACGCAGCACAUCUGUAUAUUUGUAGUAGGACUAUACAAUUGCGAUUAUUAUUAAUUAUUAAUAUUAUUAUUAAUAUGAAACGUGUAAAUAGAUGAAUUGUCAAUAUAACGAUGUCACGCAAACGACAGUGGACGAUUAAU